AUGGCUUGUAUUCAGAAAACUAGAUGGAAAGAGGAAAAAACCAAGGAGGCUAAUGGAUUUAUAUCAUGGUAUUCAGGUUUAGUUAACUCCCAUAAUGGUGUUGGUAUCUUGUUGUCUACGAAACUCAAAGAUAAAGUGGUGGAGAUCAAAAGGUUUGGUGAUCGAAUCAUUAUUCCUCUAGAUCAAUUUUUAUUUGUUGGUGGUGAUUUUAAUGGUCAUAUUGGUGCAAGAGCAGAUGGGUAUCAAGGUGUUCAUGGCGGGUUUGGUUAUGAUGUUAGAAAUGACAAUGGUUCGACACUUUUGGAAUUUGCGACAGCACAUGAUUUAGUGAUUGUUAACUCUUGUUUCUGCAAGCGUGAUGACAAUCUAAUUACUUUUAGGAGUGGGGAACAUGCCACUCAAAUUGAUUAUCUUCUUAUUCACAGUAUGGAUUUCAGAUUUUGUUCAGAUUGUAAGGUUUUUCUAAUGGAAGCUUGUGCUUCACAACACCGUCUUUUAGCCAUGGAUUUGUCUUUGGAUGGUCCACCUAUGGAGGGAUUGAGAGUUGUUGAACCUAAAAUUCUUUGGCGUAAUUUACAUGGAUCGAAAGUAGCAGAAUUUAAGGACAUGUUUGAGGGUUGUUUUAGGUAG